AAUAUAAACGUGGCGAGAGACGAAAUAUUUGUCAAGUUUGAUGUUUUCGGUGUUUUGUCAAACAUAAAUAAAAAUUUUAAUAGUUUUGAAGUUCGAUCCGCUUGCGCACACAUAUAACACAUACGCACACAUACACACAUUUGCGAAACGUGUGCACGUCAAGCGCCACGUUGUAUCGUGGAUAUCAAUAUUAUACACACUAUAUAUCGGAGUCUACUCCACGCUGUUAUCAUUAGCUGCUAAAUGCUGCUGCAUCGCCGGUAGAAGCGGCACAAACGAAGACGUUGGAAUCUUGCAGCAUAUUAUCUCUGUUCGCGAUGAAGUACAAAUCCCACAUCACACUUCUGAUUCUUCUCGUUCUAGGUUUAAGUUAUGUCGCUUGCCAAUACAGAACAAAAUCCACUCAAGGCACCUCUUUAGCGGAGCGUGUGCAGCAACUGAUGGAAAUGAGCAUAAAAAGAACAGUAUUGAAGUUCAAUGGACCGAAAUUCAAACAGUACAUCAAAACCACUCCAAGGAAUUACUCUGUUGUAGUUAUGUUUACUGCUAUGGCACCCCAGAGGCAAUGUCACAUCUGCAGGCAUGCCAGUGAUGAAUUUACAAUAGUAGCCAAUUCAUUUCGCUAUUCUCAGGUAUAUUCCAACAAGUUAUUCUUUGUCUCUAUUGAUUUUGAUGAAGGCUCAGAUGUAUUUCAAUUGAUGAGGCUGAAUACUGCGCCUGUAUAUAUGCACUUUCCACCCAAAGGAAAGCCAAAGGUUGCUGAUACCAUGGACAUCCAGAGAGUAGGAUUUGCUGCAGAAGCAAUAGCGAAAUGGAUUGGUGAACGCACAGAUAUUCAGAUCAGAGUAUUUAGACCUCCAAAUUACUCAGGUACACUAGGAAUAGCAAUGCUGCUGAUUCUCGUGGCAGGUUUCUUAUACAUCAGACGUAACAACCUGGACUUUAUCUAUAAUAAAACUCUCUGGGGACUCGGUGCCUUGUUCUUUACCUUACUUAUGACUUCUGGACAAAUGUGGAAUCACAUUAGAACUCCACCGUUCAUUCACAAAUCACCAAGUGGAAAUGUGGCUUAUAUUCAUGGAUCUUCUCAGGGCCAAUUUGUGUUGGAAACCUAUAUUGUUAUAACUAUAAAUGGAGCAAUAGCAUUUGGAACAAUUCUAAUGACCGAGGCUGCAGCUCGUACAGGCGAUGUCAAGAAGCGCAGGAUAUUUGCAGUAAUAGGUUUGGCAUUAGUUGCAGUUUUCUUUAGUCUUCUGUUGUCGUUAUUUAGAAACAAGGCUCAAGGCUAUCCGUAUAGUUUACUGUUUAAAUAGCUAGCAAGUAUUGAAACCUCAUUUUCAAUUAUCUCCAUUACAACAAUGUUUGCAGUUUCGCACAUUGAAGAAGAUAAAAUUAAAGUUUUUUUAUAAUAUAAA